AUGUCUUUGCCUCAAAAAGUCACUUUCCUCUCCCGCAACUACAAGAUCGCUGCCCACUUCUACCCCCCAGUUGCUGGCUCCCCCGACCGCUCUGGCGCAGCCAUUAUCAUCGCCCACCCGUGGACUUCCAUCAAGGAGCAAUCGCCUGCUAAUUAUGCUCGCGUUCUCACCCAUGCUGGCUUCAUCUGUUUGACCUACGAUGCCGCCUACCAGGGAGAGUCCGAGGGAGAGCCUCGAAACCUGGAGGACCCUUACCAGCGCGUCGAAGAUAUCAAGUGCGCCGUGACAUAUCUCGUCGGCCAUAAAGACGUCAAUUCCGAGAAGAUUGGUGUUCUCGGAAUUUGUGCAUCAGGGGGCUAUGCACCUUUCGCAGCCCAGACCGACCUGCGCAUCAAGGCCUGCGCAACCUCUGCCGCCGUGUGCGCCGGUACUAUGGCUCGCCGUGGCCUCGAAAAGGACUCUUCCAACAUGGAUAUUCUCAAAAUGCAGCUUGAAGCUGCUGGCAAGGAUCGCAACAGCGAUGUUGGCGGCGAGAAAGUUCCAAUUGUCCACCUGCUUCCUGAAAAGCCAGAGGAUGCUCCUGCUGAUUUCCCUGACGCGUUCCGCGAUCUGAUGAACUAUUAUCGCACUGACAGGGCUUUCCACCCUCGUGCUACGAAUACCACCUUACCACGCAGCUGGGAUAUUAUGGCGAACUUUGAUGCCUUUGCGCAUAUUGAAAUGAUCAGUCCGCGUCCUCUUUUGAUGAUCACUGGCACCAAGGCUGCCACUAAGUGGUACAGCGAGGACGCUAUUGCAAAGGCCAAGGAGCCGAAGGAGUUGUAUGUUGUGGAUGGUAUGACCCACGCGGAUCUCUAUGAUAAGAUUGACGAUGCUGGUGCGAAGUGUGCUGAGUUCUUCGCGAAGAGCCUGGCAUAA